AUGGCUUACACCACUCUCCCUACCCUCCCUUUCGAGCUAUGGGGAUGCAUAGCAUCGUAUCUAUCCAGCUCCGACAUCAAAAAUCUCCGCCUCUCAUGUGUACAAUUUAAGAAUGCGUCGAUUCUACGCAUCGACCGCGUUUUCUUAUCCGCCAAUCCACUAAAUGUCGAAGUCUUUCGCUGUAUAGCAGGCCACGACAAAUUUCGCCACAGCAUAACCGAGAUCAUCUGGGAUGAGGCGCGCUUAGCCAGGGGACCCCACGGAUUCAACGAAUCUGCCGAGGGAAAUGAAAAUUUCUCGGACGAAGAUGAAGCUGGAAACACUCGAGCGUGUGUUCAAGAAUACGGCUCGUACCCCCAGGAGCAGAUUCUUGAGCGACACGAAUUCGAAGAUGGAUGCCCAAAGUGGUUCAAAAAUUUAUGCGAGGAAAACCUCGACAUCCUAAGACAACGUAAGGGUCGAGACGUGGACCGUCCCGAUCAUAUCGCGCGCCGAGAGCAAGUUUUUGCACAGCCUCCACUGAGCGAGUGCUGGAAUGACGCGCAUGCAUUCUUAUACGGCGUCAAACAGUUCCCUGCUCUUAAGAGAGUCACUAUCACGCCUUCGGCCCACGGCUAUCUCUUUAUUCCGCUCUAUCCUACGCCUAUGAUUCGCGCUUUUCCAAAAGGCUUCAAUUACCCUAUUCCACGGGGAUAG